AUGACCGAUGUCUUUACUGGUGUCACAUUUGGCCUCGAGACGCCGAGACAGGCUCGGUGCGCGUGCACCGCUCAGGACGCGCUCGUGCUGGAGGCCAUGCGUGCGGUGGAAGAUCUCGGCCCCAGAGCUCGCGUCUGGCUUUUGCAGCCACUGCACCCGCUGGUCGCCGUAGUUGAUCGCCUCCUCACACUGGACCUCUUUCAAUCUGCACUGGCUCCGCUCGGCGUGGCAGUCCCGCCGUCCGUGCCGCUGGUUCUCGACGCGGUACGACUCCGCGCGCUGCUUGAGGGUGAUGACGAUGUAAUCGACACGGCCGGACUCAGCUGGCCGAUCAUUGUCAAGGCCCGUGCGGCAUCGGCGUCCAAGAUUUCGCAUCAGCUGCUCGCGCCAUGCCUCGUCCGCUUCGUCGCCUCGUACUGCGCCGCCGUCUGCGCCGCGCCGGCGCCACAUCCCGUCACUGACAGCGACGGGGUGCUGGUGGCUACCCUCUGCGACUCGUGCGCGCCACAUGUCAUCCUCCAGUCCCACAUCGACCACCCCGGUGUGGUGCACAAGCUCUAUGUCUCGGGCAAGCGCGUCGAUCAGGUCUGUAAGCCCUCACUCCGCAGCCUUGCCGACGACACGACAGUACCCAACGCCGACCUCGCUCUUGCAUUUACCGCCAAAGAGCUGCCGCCGCCACUGGCGCCGCAGGAUGCAGUCGACCUGGAUGGCGCGGCAGCGGUCGCUGCCGUUGCGCCGCAGCUGGUCGACGCGUUCUCGACCGCUCUGGGGCUCGACCUCUACGGCGUCGACCUUGUGACCGAGACUAACUCUGGGCAGCUGUACGCCGACGCUCUACGACGACAUCCUUGA